GAUCAAUGGAAAGAGCCGAAGAUGUCGGCUCGGUCAUGUGAUCAGCUGUGUCCAAUCACAGCUGAUCGCAUGGCACUGAUGAUCAGUGUGCCCUGAUGAUCAGUGUAGCCCCAGCAGUGCCCCCUGUCAGUGUCCAUCAGUGCCAGCUGUCAGUGCUCAUCAAUGCCACCUGCAAAUGCCCAUCAGUGCCACAUCAAUGCCACAUAUCAGUGCCUACCAGUGCCCAUCAAUGCCACAUAUCAGUGCCCAUCUGAGCUGCCUUUCAGUGCCACCUAUCAGUGAGAGUUAGUGCCACCAAUCAGUGCUGCCGAUCAGUUCCGCCAGUCAGUGCCCAUCAGUACUGCCUAUCAGUGCCCAUCAGUG